GAGAACCGUGAGGCGAAAUGAUGAAAGAUUGAGUUUUUGAACUGGUGGAAAGUCCGCACAGAAAAGUCCGCCGUCGUCGCAUUCCUCGCAUUCGACGAAUUUUGAUGGCAGUGUCUUACUAGGCUUUUCUCGCAAGAGAUUUUACUAGCAUAGCUGUCUGGUUUCACCAUGUCGACUACUAUCGUUGCAGACGAACUGCACGCUGUGCCCAGUAAUUCGUCGUUGCCCACAUACUCCUCAGCAACAGGUAUCGAGCUCGCAGAUAUCUCACCAUCAACAUCGUCCGAUUCCAAUCCAGCACCACCCGCCUACGAUCAAACAACAACCGUCAUCCCGCGAGACGCGGAAAUCGUUCCCAGCAGUGAUGGUGGCUCAGAACCCUCUCCCUCAGGAGACGCCUUCACUCCUACAGUGCACUUCCAGAUCGAAACCACCGGAAAGCAAUGGCUUUCGCUCCCCAUUGGCACCCGGCCCGACCCAAUCGCAAUCUACCACGUCGAAGCGGGCUGCUGGAGCGCGGAAUCCGUUCCGGCGUACGUCUCCCUCCGCUUCUCGCGCAAUGACGGGAGCUGCCACCUCCUAAGGGGUGACGAUACGUCUCAGACACCCAUGUGCACGACACUCUACCGCUUCGGGCCGGGAAAGCCUCCCAUCUUCCGACCGUCUCAGGCCCUUAAGCCGUUUCACGCACCCACGCCUCCAGCCUCUUCUGGUUCUUCUUCGACGGAGGUAUCACUCCAAGAAGAGAAUGGUAAUCGCGAGCCGGAUGUGGGCGCCGCAGACCUCCAAAUCGUCUCCAAAUCCCUCGCCUCCCGCACCCAGAUCCUUAAGACGCCCCUGGGAACCUUCCAGUGGCGCUACGCCACGCGCAAAGAACGCGCCGCCGUGCCUGGCGACGAUCAGCUACUCAUCUGUGAGCUCGUGCAGACCAUAGCACUGGCAGGCGGGAAGAAGACGGAGGAGAGCAAGACGAGGAUUGCGCAGUUUGUUCGUGGCAAGGAGACGAGGACGCGGGGGACUGGGCGCACGACGGCGGGCAAUGGGGGCAGGUUGAUGCUCGAUGUGAUGAGGUGGGCUGACUCGAAGGACGGUGGGAGGGAGGCGGUGGAGGUGCUAGUUGUCGCGAGUUGUGUCUGCAUGUUGAAGAAGGAGGUCGAUCGGAGGAGGAUGCAGCAGAUGAUGAUACUUGCGGCUGGAGCUUCCGGAGGAGCGUAGUAGUGAUCCCGAAGCCCUGUUCAUCAUCCUGUUUGGUGUCUGUCUUCUUUGUAGGGUAGAUAAUAUCCCCGGAAAAAUCA